ACUUAUUCAUCAUCAUGACAUCAAAAAACACGAAUUCCUUAAAUUACAUUAAUGUUGAUAUUUUGAGCAAUGUAUCAAAGGAAACAUUUAAUGAUUUAUAUAAAAAGAGACGGCCCAUUGUGUUGCGAGGGGUGGACAUAGGCCCAUGUGUAGAAAGAUGGACAGUGGACUACCUUGCAAGCAAGGGUGGGGAUAGGGAGGUGAAGAUUCAUGUCUCCAAGACAUCUCAGAUGGACUUCAUUAACAAGAACUUCAUGUACAGAUCACUUCCUUUCUCUGAACUUGUGAAAAGAGCCUCGAAAACAAAACAAGAAGAAUAUUUUGCUGAAGAGACAGAAAAAUAUUACCUCCGGGCACUAGGUGAUGAUCCUCGCAAAGACAUUGCAGACAUUCGUGUCCAGUUUCCAAAUCUUGCUUCAGACAUAAAUAUUCCACCGUUCUUUCCUGAAGAGAAGUUCUUUUCUUCUGUCUUCCGCAUUGCCUCCCCUGAUCUCCAGCUGUGGACACAUUAUGAUGUAAUGGACAACUUCUUGAUCCAAGUUCAAGGUCGCAAGAGAGUCAUACUGUUCAGUCCAAGUUCGGUCAACUUUCUCUACAUGAACGGUGACAAAUCGGAAGUUCUUGAGAUUGACACGGUGGACACUUUUCGUUUUCCGUUGUUCAGCAAGGCAGAGAGAUAUGAAGUGAUCUUGGAGCCUGGGGACAUCCUUUUUAUUCCUGCCCUCUGGUUUCACAACGUGAUAUCCCUGGAGUUUGGUGUAGCUGUGAAUGUGUUCUGGAAGCACCUGGACGACAGCAUGUAUGACACCAAGGAUACGUACGGUAACAAGGAUCCUCUCCCAGCAACGCGGGCGUUCCAGAUCACAGACCGCGCAAUCAAAGCUUUGGAAGAAAUGCCUGCAGAAUACAGGGACUUUUAUGCACGUAGGCUUAUCAGUCGGAUAGAACAGAAGGCCGUGAAUCAUGGUGAUAAAUCAGAUGAUGGAUUUCAUAGUGAUAAACCUGAUGAUGAAUUUCAUAGUGUUAAACUUGAUGAUGAAUUUCAUAGGGUUAAACUUGAAGAUUGAUAACAUAGUGUUGAACCUGAUGGUGAAUUUCAUGUGUCAAAAAGGUCAUCAUGUACAAUCUAAGAAAAACCUUGUUUUUGCUCUCAGUACACAGUUUUAACUCAAUCUUGAUGAUGCUUUGUCAGUAUGGUAAUCUUGACAUUACCUAGGCCGAGUUUGAAUUUUGGUAAAAUAGUUAAAAACUAGAUCACUAUGUUAAACUCUGGAAACCACAUUUAUAACUGAAGGUUAACAUUGUUACUUUGACAAUGCUGGGUCAAAGUUGAAUCUGGACAAGUGGGGUCAAAAAGUAGGUAACUAGAAACGAAUCAUAGAAACAACAUCUACUAUAGAAGCCAAAUUUAUGAUUCAAUCAUGAUAAAGGACUUUGGUCGAAAUGUUUCCUUUCACCAUUUCUACAUGAAAACUAUUUUCGAAUCUGGUCUAGUGGAGUCAAGAACAGGGUCACCAGGUCAAACAUCUGAUCUAGAAGCCAUGGUUAUUACCGCACACAAUCUUGAUAAAACAAGGUCAGAUUGUUUAUCUUGACAAUAUCAAGGCCAUGUUUUUAUUCUGGGUCAUGCUUGGUGAGUCUGGAUCAAGUGGGGUAAAGAACUUAAUCACCGGGUCAAGUUUUUUUACAAUUGGUAAACCUCGAAUGCAGAUAGGUGCUUUUGAGCAGUUAUGGCAAAUGUAAGGACCGAUAUGAAUAUAUGAGUGAUAGAUACCAUGGAGGGUCCAGACAUUACUUGAACAUUGCGUUUAAGGUGGUAGGGUGCUUUCCUGAAGUAUUUCCAAAAUCACAACCAUGGGCUCAGGAAUGGAAAACAAACAGGGAAUAAUCGGUUUAUAUUAUUUAUGUCCUUACUGCUGUUACAGCAUAUUGGUGAGGGCGUUUGCCUAUGGUGUGUGAGAUUGAUUGUACGUGUCUCGCACCGGCACAGGUUGGCUUGUUCUUAUGUGCGGCUGCUUGCACAGCAGCGAGUGUUCAGUAUUAUCACAGAGUUCCUAUUCCAUACAGUUUAGGUCAAGUGCAGGGAAUAUUGGAUAUGAUUCGGACGUAAUGAUGUUCAACAGUAAAUUUGUGCCAUGAAUCUAAUUGGGUGGCUCUUAAAGGGAUCUUUUCACGGUUUGGUAAAUUGACAAAAUUGAAAAAAGUUGAUUCAGAUUCGCAAGGUUUCAUUUUAGUUAUGAUAUUUGUGAGGAAACAGUAUUACUGAACAUUUACCAUAGUCCAAUAUAGCCGUUAUAUGUAUCUUUUGACGAUUUGAAAACCUAAAAAUUAUAAAGCGUUGCAACGCGAAACGAUUGAAUAAUUUGGAGAGUUCUGUUGUUGUCGUUUAAAUUUACGAAACUACGAAGAUUGCUUAUAUAAGGUAUAAAAUACUUACACUGUGUACACCCGGCAGAAUAGCCGAGAGGGCUUAUGCGUUGUUACUUCAGACUAACUCCAGGACUCCGGGGGUCACUGGUUCGAGCCUUGGUACCGGCUACUUUUUUUUCCUUUUUUAAAUUUUAUUCUUGAUUUUUUACUGGAGCUUUUAAGAUCCAAUGUUAACAUUUAUCAAUAUAAAGCAUUUAAUGACAAACUUCAAAAUAUGCCAAAAUCUGUGAAAAGGCCCUUUUAAUUGAGAGGCAUGAAGCUAUAAUAAAAUACAAAUAAAACGUAGAGAUGUUAUUUGGUUUGUACAAAAAUGCGCAAAGUGCUUGUGCUUUACGUGUGAAUUCCAUUGACUGGUCGUUGGACUAUAAAGUUAUUGAAAGCCUGCCCACCUGAUAUUUAUGUUAAGAUGUUUUGUAUGAAAUUAUUUUUGUCAAAAUACAAUUUCUAUAUGAUUACUCAAACAUUAUACUUUAUGAUACAAAUGAAAAUGGGACUAAAGGGGUUUGCAAUUGAAAAUAGGUCGCUAUGUCAUCGUUAAAGUAAAUAAAUUGCUUACCUAAACUGUUCACAAUUCUGGAGGCUAGUCAUAAGUUAAGUAAUGGGAACCAUUGAUUUUUGUAAUAUGAAGAUAGAAACUUAAUAUGAAUUUAAGUAAGUUUCGUGUCUUGUGUCUGUGAUAUACAAGUGUUAGUAGUAUAACGAAAACUGAGUUUGUUUUUGUGUUUUAGUAAUUGGAAAGCAUAGUAUGAACUAAUGUAUUAAUUAUUUGUGUGUCUUGUUUAAGAAUGAAACACAAUAAAAACUGGAUACAUUGACCUGCAA